AUGGUGAGAACCUCCGAGAAAAGAGAAGAAAAUAUUACUCUUGCCAUUGACAGAGACAAAGAGAGCCAAAACGCGUUGAAAUGGGCGGUUAGCAAUCUUCUUAGCCGAGGACAGACUCUUACUCUUCUUCAUGUUAAACUCAAACAACCCUCCUCUCUUCCCUAUUCUGGAUCAAACUUUAGUAAGCCAGGCGAUGAUCCGUCAGAAUUGUUUCUUCCUUUUCGUUGCUACUGUGCUAGAAAAGAUAUCAACUGCCAAGAUGUGGUUGUGGAGGACGUUAGUGCGGCUAAAGGAAUAGUUGACUACGUGCAACAGAAUGCAAUCGAGACUUUAAUACUCGGUUCUUCGAAGAUGACUCUUUUAAGGUUCAAAGCAGCGGAUGUUUCAAGCACUGUCAUGAAAAAGGCACCGAGUUUCUGUACAGUAUAUGUUAUCUCUAAAGGGAAAAUCUCGUUUCUGAGAUCAGCUACAAGUUCACCUCCCCAUUCCAAUAUGCCAUCUAUGCGACAUCAUUCACACGCUCAGACGAGCAAUAUGAAUGUUGAAAGGAGGCAACAAACAAUGCAAAGAACACAUGAUGAGAUCAAGAUAGAGAUCAAAAGAGGAUACGAAGGCGUUUACCAGCCCUCAAUAACAGACUCUGAUAUAUCAUUUGUGAGUAGUGGAAGACCGAGUGUGGAUCAGAUGUUUCCUUCCUUGUAUGACGAUGUGGAUGUUCCACGGCUCUCAGUCACCUCUGAGUAUGGAGAAAAUCGAUUGAGUUUUGCUACAACAUACUCAAAGCAGUCCAUAGAUCUUGGCUCACCAUAUGCACCAAACUCUUCAACCUCAUUUGAAAGUGGGAGACAAUCAUUUUCACUACAGGGCCAAGAUGAGCUUGAAACCGAGAUGAGAAGGCUGAAGAUGGAGCUAAAGCAUACAAUGGAAAUGUAUAACAGUGCCUGCAAGGAAGCAAUCUCUGCAAAGAAAGCGGCUAACGAGUUACUCAAGUGGAAAGCAGAGAAGGAACAUAAAUUAGAAGAAGUGAGACUUUCCAAGGAAGCAGCGAUGGCAAUGGCAGAGAGGGAGAAAGAAAAAAGCAGAGCAGCUAUGGAAGCGGCAGUGGCAGCGCAGAAAUUAUCAGACCUUGAAGCUGAAAAGAGAAAGCACAUUGAAACCGUAGAUGAAAAGAAGAGGGCGGUGUCUUCUUUAAGGUACAGAAAAUACACUAUUGAGGAGAUUGAAGAAGCCACAGAAGAUUUCUCGCCUAGUCGCAAGGUCGGAGAAGGAGGCUAUGGACCUGUUUACAAGGGAACACUAGACUAUACUAAAGUGGCGAUAAAAGUUCUAAGACCAGACGCGGCACAAGGAAGGUCUCAGUUCCAGCGAGAGGUUGAAGUACUAACCUGUAUGAGACAUCCAAACAUGGUUCUCCUGCUUGGUGCAUGUCCGGAAUACGGAUGUUUAGUCUAUGAAUACAUGGCCAAUGGUAGCUUAGACGACUGUCUCUUCAGACGAGGAAACUCUCCAAUCCUUUCUUGGCAGCUAAGAUUUCGUAUAGCAUCUGAAAUCGCAACCGGUCUUCAUUUCCUCCACCAGAUGAAACCGGAGCCUUUGGUGCACCGUGACCUUAAACCGGGAAACAUAUUACUCGACCAGCAUUUCGUCAGCAAGAUUUCAGAUGUGGGCUUGGCCAGACUCGUCCCUCCAUCUGUUGCUGACACUGCAACCCAAUAUAGAAUGACUUCAACCGCUGGAACAUUCUUUUACAUAGAUCCUGAAUAUCAGCAGACCGGUAUGUUGGGAACUAAGUCAGACAUUUACUCAUUCGGCAUUAUGCUUUUGCAAAUACUUACAGCUAAGCCACCAAUGGGUUUAACUCAUCACGUCGAAAAAGCCAUUGAAAAGGGAACUUUCGCUGAGAUGUUAGACCCUGCUGUUCCUGACUGGCCAUUCGAAGAAGCCUUGGCUGCAGCAAAACUUGCUCUACAAUGUGCAAAAUUAAGACGCAAAGACAGACCUGACUUAGGGAACAUUGUUUUGCCUGAGCUUAAAAAACUCAGGGAUCUAGCUGAAGAAAGCAUUAAAUUUGGUGUAAGACAGCCUUCACCGAUCAGGAGCUCAGGGUCCGCGACUUCGAUACAGGAGAUUAUAAGUGAUCCUCAGCUACAAUAUGGAUCUGAUAGCUCAAGUUUGCACAACAGUUCUACAUCUUGAAAAGGAAAAUCCAAGUCAGAAACUAUCAAAGAGAGAACAACAUACGUUAAGAGGAGCAAGGCAAACUAAUUUUGGUCAAGAUCAAGACUUGUUGUUGUCAAUAGCGG